AUGGAUGAAUGCAUAGAUGUAAGUGAGAGAUGGGUAGACCCGUUGAGAGAGAAGAGCCGGGAAGCAGUUGUAGGACUGCGCGAGGAUCGACUCAGCAAACAACAACGAGGAUAUCCUCGGAUAUGCGCGUCGACUCCCGCACCCUCUACGGGUACCGAAGCCGGUGAGGUUCGAGAAGCUAGGUCCGUUGCCGAAGACGGACACUGGGCUAACACAGACCAGAGACCAGAGACCAGAGACCACACCCAAGACUCUACCCCCCAAGGCCCAUCUCCCGCCGACGCCGACGCCGACGCCGACGCCAAGAGAAGCAAGCGAUCCGAAAAUCGGUACUCAACGCCAACACCCACCUACCUACCACAUCACAACCGCCGUCUCCUGACUCCAAACAAUCCCGCAACCAACGACGCGCAGCCACCCAAACGAUGCAUCCCCCAGCCCCAGCCUCAGAUCAUCAUCGCACAGUAG